UGGCUUCAUGCACACAGCAGCCGCUUCACGUGCUGAGCGCAGCCCGGUGACAUAUUGUGCUACACGGUGAUUUAUUUUAUUUUGUAAUGCUCUCUCAUCCGACCCGGGAGGGAUGCUGCUGCUGCUGCUGCUGUGAGGAGGCACAGAGGUGAGCGCAGUUUUCUCCUCUCCCCUCCUCUUCCAAAGCUCCUCCUCUGUCGUCGGAGAGCGGUCACAAUUUUUUUUGAUUUGCUCAAUGAGAGCAAGAGGGCACCGGAGAGGAGAGCGGAUUUCAACGUGCUGCCGUGCCGGAGCAUCCUGCUUUUCCUCGCCUCUGUCAAAGCAGAGGCUAAUAUGAAGACAUCAUUUGGCAAACCAGACCCUGGAAAGCACCUACAAUCUAUUCAACUCAUUCGAAACUGAAGACAACACCAUGCUUUGUCUCCAGUAAAACCUGCUCCGCACCCUCUUCCUAUCUAGCCACUGAGAGUGAGGACACUAAGAGCUGCAUAGCCAUGGGUUCAGAUAAAGGCUGCAUGGAUACACAAGAGCGACGACCCAUAUUGGGUGCUGCCUGCAAGCGGCAGGGUCACCGGUGUCUGCGGAAAAAGCUGAGGCCCGUGCGAAUCUUGGGGUUCAUGUUCAGCCUUGUGGCCUUAAGUGCUCUCUCCUUCAGUGCCUUGACCAGGAGCUCAGGUGGUCUCAGUGAGCCGGCGCUCCCCCAGGAGAGUCUCCACCAGUCGGCCCCCCACAGAACUCUGCUGUUCACCCAACACCAGAUGGACCCCAAUGUGUCAGCAGACAUACCAAUAGCCAUGCAAUCUACAGCAAAUAGCAACAAGAGCCAGGGGGAUUACCCACCAGACGCUUUCACCCUUGAGGAGCGGCGCCAAGGGGCGGUGGCCUUCCACAUGUUUGGCAUGAUCUACAUGUUCAUUGCCUUAGCCAUAGUGUGUGACGAGUUUUUCGUCCCGGCGCUCACAGUCAUCACCGAGAAGCUGACCAUUUCGGAUGACGUGGCAGGCGCCACCUUCAUGGCGGCGGGCGGCUCAGCCCCAGAACUCUUCACCUCCAUCAUCGGCGUCUUCAUCUCACACAGCAACGUGGGCAUCGGGACCAUCGUGGGCUCGGCCGUCUUCAAUAUUCUCUUUGUCAUUGGGAUGUGCGCCAUCUUCUCCAAGGAGAUCCUCAACUUGACAUGGUGGCCGCUCUUCCGCGACGUCUCCUUCUACAUCCUGGAUCUGAUCUUGCUCAUCAUCUUCUUCCUGGAUAACAUCAUCUCCAUGUGGGAAAGUAUCACGCUGCUCUCGGGCUACGCCGCCUACGUGAUCUUCAUGAAGUUCAACAGCAGUAUGGAGGGCUUCGUCAAACGUUGCAUGAACAACAAUCAAGUGGUAGAAGUAGCGGUGCAGCCCAAGGAUGAGAAGGCAAGUCCUGGGGCACCAGAGGAUGACGGCAAGCUGUCGGCGAGGCCUCGGCUGCAGAGGGGGGGUAGCUCCGCCUCCCUGCACAACAGCUUGAUGAGGAACAGCAUUUUCCAGCUGAUGAUUCACACAUUAGACCCUCUAAGUGAAGAAUUUGCUGACUCUGAGCUUGGGACUUAUGGGAAACUAAAAUAUUAUCACUCAAUGACUGAGGAAGGUAAAUUCCGAGAGAAGGCGUCCAUCCUUCACAAGAUCGCUAAGAAGAAAUGCCAAGUGGAAGACAGUGAGAAGGCUAAUGGAGUAGCAAGCCGUUCAGAUAAGAACCUUCCGAACAGCUCCAGCGUGGAAGUGGAAGUGACACCACCCAUGAACGGAACGGCAGGGCAAGAGGGAGAGACGGCCGAGGAUGAGGAGGAAGAGGACCAGCCUCUGAGUCUGUCCUGGCCCGAAACCAACCGCAAGCGCCUCACCUACCUCUUAAUCAUACCCAUCGUCCUCCCCCUGUGGCUAACGCUGCCUGACGUCAGGAAACCGACGGCAAAGAAGUUCUUCCCCAUCAGCUUCUUGGGCUCCAUCACCUGGAUCGCUGGCUUCUCGUACCUAAUGGUGUGGUGGGCUCACCAGGUUGGAGAGACCAUUGGGAUUACAGAAGAGAUUAUGGGCCUGACUAUAUUAGCAGCUGGAACCUCCAUCCCUGACCUCAUCACCAGUGUUAUUGUGGCACGCAAGGGGCUGGGUGAUAUGGCUGUCUCCAGCUCCGUCGGCUCCAACAUCUUCGACAUCACCGUCGGACUGCCAUUCCCCUGGCUCCUCUGGUCCUUCUUCAACGGCAUGCAACCGGUGAAAGUCAGCUCCAACGGCCUCUUCUGUGCCAUCGUGCUCCUCUUCCUCAUGCUCCUCUUCGUCAUCAUCUCCAUCGCCGCGUGCAAGUGGCGCAUGAGCAAGCUGCUCGGCUUCAUCAUGUUCAUGCUGUAUUUCGUCUUCCUGGUGGUCAGUGUCAUGCUGGAGGACAAGGUCAUUGCCUGUCCGGUGUCCGUCUGAGGGACGAGCGGGGACCGACUUCCUCUCCCACGCCGCCACAACCACCACCACCACCACCACCACUACAGCCAUCUUUAUUGUCUGCCAUCACUCUCACCUGACCUUUAUGAUCCUUUAACCCUUGAAUAAAAGAAGAACUGGAUGAGAGAUUCGAAUAAGAAUAUAGAGUAAAAAAAGGAACGGACUGAUAUUUUCAGGAGGCAGGUGGUGGCGGGGAGCGGUUAAACCAAAAAGGGCACAAGACUUUGGCUUGGCUGAUUAAGCGUAGGCCGAACUUGAGUGGACUUUUAUUUACUAUAUUUAUUAAAUUGGCCGGUGAGGGGGAUUAUGGGUGUAUCCGCCAAAUAUAGAAACAUUAUGCAUGCCAUUAGUGUCACUAGAAGGCCUGAACGACCUCCUGCGAACUUUGGGGGUAAAAAACAACAAAUCCACUGAAUAAAACUCUUAAUUCUAAAUGCAGUGAUUGAGCUGAAAUCCUGAGCAUAUUUGAACUAGUUCAACAGACUGAGAUGCUGUCUGCAAGAGUGAAGAGGAGUUUGGGGGAAUGACGGACUGCGUGGAUGAACAUUUUGUGUUUCCUGUCUGACGGUAUUCAGCGACAAGAUUCACCUGUGGGCUUCGCACCUGAGGGAAGAAAGACUGUUGCUUGGCAGACAAAAUUCUUCUUUAUUUCUUCUUUUUUUUUCUGUAAAUGAAUCCGUGCUCUGUUUGAGUGACGGGUCUAAGCUUUCCCCUCCUCCCCGCCAGAUGUUGUUUUUCACCGCUGAAUGUUUCUUCGGAGGAUUCCUUUUCAUUUUUUUGGAUUCAUUUUCAUGAAAUAUAUAAAAGUAGCAGUAGUUGUACUGUAGCAGUAUUAGACGGUGUAGAGUCCUCUUGACAAUCUGCUCCUCUGUUUUUUUUCUUUCGCCCUGGACACACACAUUCUGAUUGUACAGACGUUUUCAUGCUUCACACACACCGACUGAUAACAGUGAGAAAACUGACGUUUAGCCUCUCAAAAUAUACAGUAGCCUUCGAUAUCUUUGGGGGAGAAUAAAAAAAGCUUGAGUAAUUCAGGCUCAUUAAAGCUCCAUGAUGAAAUCGAUGUCAAAAAUAACAUAUUUGAGAAUAACUUAACAGUGUUUAAGCGUCAUGGUUGGUUUAGAUUAGUAAAUGUCUAGUGCUUUGUUCACGAUAGAACUGGGCUCAACUCAAGCUCCUGGGUUCGUAGUUUCAAGGAGUCAACUGCAUGUAAAAUAAAGAAAAUAAAAAACACACGCAAACCAAUCAACAUUUGAGAAGUCGUAUACCAAACAUUUAUCCGACAUCUUAACGCAAACCAGUGCUCAGUCUCUGUGUAGAAAAUGUCAACAUGUAUGGUCAACGAUAUCUAUCGAACUUGUGCAAUUUCUUUCUCUGAUCAAAGGUGCUUUUGUGUGCAUGUGUGCGUUUGGAGUCAUCACACAACGACCAUUCCUUCGAUUUAUCUACGAGUAGACGCGAUGCUGCAACUACCUGCACAAAGAAAACAUGAAAAAAAAAUCUAGAAACCAUAAUCACAAUCUCUCUUUAAGCUGCAUAGAAUGUGGAGAACACCGAUUUAACAGCAAUAUACCGUGCGUGUCACUGUUGAGAACUGCACCCCCGGCCCCUCACCCAAUGCGUCUGUCCCCCGCUGUUCGACGUGGUCCACAAGGCCACCCCCCCCCCACCCCCGACCAUUUCUCCUAAAUCGGACCUACAACCCCGUUCCUGUUAGCUACGUGGCCAGAAACACCCGCUUUACCUCAACACAGCCACUGUACAGCAGCUUCGUAGGAAUACUGUAACUGUAACUGUAAAAUACUAGUAAAUAGAUUCUCCGAGUGCGUGAGGAAAAAAUGCAUGCAAGGAAUUUGGGCUGGUUACCCACCGACUGUACAGCUGAGCUUAUCCAACUAUGUAUGUUCACUUUUAUGCAUCCAUUCAGAGAUGAACACCUAAAACGCAUUGGUUCUACUUUGUAAAUAUAAACCAACAUGUAUUGAAUUCACUUAUUGUUUAUUGUGAGCAAAACACAACACGCAAGCGUUUAUUUUUAGACUGCUCGACAUCCAAUUGACAUAAAACUGUAAACGUGCCCAUUCAGUUUCUGGUGAGAAAGGAGUGUGUAAAAUACCUCGUACCCACCUCGGAUUCAGAAGUGAUGCUGCCACCAUGGUUUCUGACAUUUGCUACAGUUUGCAAAAAUUACAGGAAAAAACAAAAUGACGAUCCCUGCACAAAGCAAACUCGUAUGUGAAAACUGUUAUUCACUGUGUGCUCUCAUUUUGUAGAUUUCCUCAAACAUCUUCCACCAACAGGAUUCAACAAUUCAACUGAGGGCCUCCAGGAUGACUCAUGUGCUUUGUGAAAUUCUCAUGUGGUCAUUCGCCAAUAAACCUUCAGAGUGCCCACACGCUCCUCUUAACACGGUCACAACAUGGAAUAGUUUGGGAAAUACACUUAUUCACUUUUUUUAGCCAAAUAUUAGCUUAGAAGUAGGACGGAGUAGUAGGGCCACUCAUAGGGAGAAUAAAGUUGUAAUAUUAUGAGGAGAAAAGUCGUAAACUCAUUGAAAUUAGGAAUUUAAUAUUGGUAAAUUAUACAUAUUAUAGCUUUUCUCAAAUGACAAAAUACUUAAUCUUUCGGCUCAUCAGCAUCAUAUUACUAAAAGUAUCAGGACUUUGUGGAGAAUGAAAUAUUGGGUCGUGGCUAUCAUAAAUUACAUGUGUGCUAUUCAAAGGGGUUUUAUAGUUUCUCAAGAAUUGAUGUGGUUGGUUAGUCAAGAUUUUGGAUCCAGAAAAAGUUAAACUCUUUAUUCUCGUAAUAUGACUUUUUUCUAGUAAAACUACAACUUUGUUCUCGUAAUAUUACUUUCUUCUUAAUUACAACUUUCUUCUCGUAAUUAUACGUUUAUUAUAUAUUAUACAUUUGACUUUAUUUCCGAGAAUAAAGUCGUAAUAUUAUUACUUAAUUCUCAACUACGACAUUAUUCUUGAAAUCCAAGACUUUUUUAUUCUUAAAUAAGGUCCUAAUACUCCGUCGUAAGGACAUUAGCACUCUAUUGUCUAUAAAAUAUGUCUAUAUAAAUACGAAGUUAGCUGGUUAGCUUAGCUUAGCUGAAGAACUGGACACAGGAGGAAACCAAACUAGCUCUUUCCCUGUUUCCUGCUAAAAUAAGCUAAUUAUUUGCAAGCAUGCAGACAUGACAGUGGCAUCAGUCUUGUCUUCUGACCUUUGGCGAGAAAGUGAAUAAACUUUUCACAACUAUUGCUUAAACAAGUGAAGAGAUCAUUUGUUCAAGUAUGGUUGACCUUCUAUGGUCACAUAUGCAUUCUGUAUCUGUGCACGAAACCCUUUCACGACAACACUUUUCUUUCUUUCUCUAAAGUUCCCAUGAAGUUUUUUGUGUGAGAGCAUGAAUGGUGAGAAUUAAAAAAAGGAAAAAAAGGCUAAAACCGGUUUAGCACGUGAGCUUGGCAUUGAUUGUGGUUUCCAGGGUAAGCGACCGUGAAAGUUGGCCACUUGUGAACAUUCUUGCACUGUAAAUGUUUUAUUUUCUCGGUGUUAAUGUAAGAUUUAUUUAAGGUGUACAUAUAUACAGAUACAAAUUAACCGAUAUAAUCUAUAUGUGUAAAAGAAAUAUGUCUCUUUAUGUAAAAACACAAAGUAUAUAAUAUAUCAAAUAAAGACAAUUGAAAUAUGCAA